AUGGUUGCAGAUCUUGCAGGAUCAGCUUACAAGCUUGAAUUGUCAUCUGCCGUUCCAUCUGUAGGCAUGCCAAGAGCAACUUUUAAGUUUCCUCAUGGUGAAGUUUCAUUAGAGGAGAAAGGGGAGGAAGAAGAAGAACCGAAGAAAACUUUGUCAGUUAGUGGUAUUGUUAAAAGCCAUAUUCUCAAUGGAGUCUGCACUGCACGAUACAAUGAGGAAAAUCUGGAAUUAAGAUAUGCAUUUAAGGAUGAGCAACUAACUUUCGUCCCGAGCAUUUCUCUGCCUUCGAACGCGGUAUCCUGUGCAUUUAAGAGGCGUUUCAGUCCUUCAGAUAAGAUGAGCUACUGGUACCAUUUUGACUCAAACAACUGGAGUACCGUCUACAAACACACAGUUGGAAAAGACUACAAGUUUAAAGCUGGCUAUGAUUCUGAAGUGCGACUUGGCUGGGCAUCGCUUUGGGUUGGAGAUGAAGAUGGCAAAGCCAAGACAGCCCCUUUGAAGAUGAAAGUGCAAUUCAUGCUCCAAGUUCCUCAAGAUGAUAUAAAGUCGUCGGCUUUGAUGUUCCGAGUGAAGAAGAGAUGGGACAUUUAG